AUGCAGUAUGGCGGCUAUAUUUGGAAAGAUUCUGAUAGGCAUCUAUGUGGAAAUCAAACGAAGCGACGGGCGAAUACACCAAGCCAUGGUCACAUCGCUUAAUGAAGACAAUGACAGUGUUACUGUGGAAUGGAUAGAAAAUGGGGACACAAAAGGAAAAGAGAUUGACCUGGAAAGCAUCUUUGCACUAAACCCAGAUCUCGCACCUGAGGACGAUAUUCCACAAAGUCCAGAGACCCCUCCUCUGUCCAUAUCGAGUUCUGUGAAAGUGACCAAGAUUCCUUCAAAUAAGAAUCGUCGCACAGCAGCACCACCUAAGAAUGAAACACCUGCAAGUAAUAACAGAGUCAUAGGUACGACAAGAGCACGGCCCAGCCAACAGAUGGAACAAGCUCCUAGUGCCCCAGCUCUUCCUCCCAUCCAGCACCAGACGCUGCAGCAGCAGCAAAAUGCUCGCAGGAAAUCGAACUGUGUGAAGGAGGUGGAGAAACUGCAGGAGAAGAGAGAAAGGAGGCGCCUGCAACAGCAAGAACUGAGGGAGAAGAAGGCGCAGGACAUUGAUGCAACCACUCCUAAUUAUGAAAUUAUGUGCAUGAUCCGGGACUUCAGAGCAAGCCUCGACUACAGGCCACUGACUACUGCUGAUCUGAUUGAAGAACACAGAAUAUGUGUGUGUGUCAGAGCUCGGCCACUGAACAAAAAAGAAAUGAGCUUGAAGGACCUGGAUGUCAUUACCAUCCCCAGUAAAGACGUGGUCAUGGUCCAUGAACCCAAACAAAAAGUUGACUUAACAAGAUACCUCGAGAACCAGACAUUUCGCUUUGAUUAUGCCUUCGAUGAUACUGCCACAAACGAAAUGGUUUACAGGUUUACCGCCCGGCCACUUGUAGAGACCAUCUUUGAGAGGGGCAUGGCUACGUGUUUUGCGUAUGGACAAACGGGAAGCGGCAAAACUCAUACAAUGGGUGGAGACUUCUCUGGGAAAAAUCAAGAUUGCUCAAAAGGGAUCUAUGCGCUGGCAGCGCGGGACGUUUUUCUAAUGCUAAAGAAGCCAAACUACAAGAAGUUAGACCUUCAAGUUUACGCCACCUUUUUUGAAAUUUACAGUGGGAAGGUAUUUGACCUGCUCAACAGAAAGGCAAAGUUGAGAGUCCUGGAGGAUGGCAAGCAGCAGGUGCAGGUUGUUGGACUCCAAGAAAGGGAGGUCCAUUGCACAGAGGACGUCCUUAAACUUAUAGAAGUGGGCAACAGCUGCAGAACCUCCGGGCAGACCUCAGCAAACGCCCACUCCUCUCGCAGUCAUGCUGUUUUUCAGAUCAUUCUACGAAGGAGAGGCAAAAUGCACGGCAAGUUUUCCCUCAUAGACCUGGCGGGCAAUGAGCGAGGGGCAGACACAUCCAGCGCUGACCGCCAGACUCGGCUUGAGGGAGCCGAAAUCAAUAAAAGUUUACUGGCUUUGAAGGAGUGCAUCCGGGCUCUGGGUCGCAACAAGCCUCACACCCCGUUCAGAGCCAGUAAACUCACACAGGUUCUGAGAGACUCCUUCAUUGGUGAAAACUCUCGCACAUGCAUGAUUUCUACCAUCUCCCCUGGCAUGGCUUCCUGCGAAAACACAUUAAAUACACUGAGAUAUGCCAACAGAGUGAAGGAGUUUGGGAUAAGCCCCUCAGACAUCCCCUUCUCUCAGGGGGGCAGCGGUCGCUCUGAGCUCUCUCCCACCUAUGAGUACGAUGACUUUGCUCCCUCGCCCAGCAGGGUGAAGGAGCUUAACGUUGACCCCACUGCACUGAUGGAGGGCCGAACAGGAGGUCAUCAAGUGAGCCAGUUGGAUGUGUUGGAGCCACAGUGGGGAGUGGGCAGUUCUCCUCAGAGAGACGACCUUAAACUGCUGUGUGAACAGAAUGAGGAAGAAGUCUCUCCCCAGCUUUUCAGCUUCCAUGAGGCUGUGUCUCAACUGGUGGAGAUGGAAGAGCAGGUUCUAGAGGACCACAGAGCUGUGUUUCAGGAGUCUAUACGCUGGCUGGAGGAUGAGAAAGUGCUUAUAGAGAUGACCGAGGAAGUGGACUAUGAUGUGGAAUCAUAUGCAACACAGCUUGAGCAAAUUUUGGAUCAAAAAAUAGAAAUCUUAACAGAGCUUAGAGAUAAAGUAAAGGCGUUCAGAUCUACUCUUCAGGAAGAGGAACAAGCCAGCAAGCAGAUCAACCCCAAGCGGCCACGGGCUCUCUAACGCUCCGAACUCCCUUACAGAGGACAUUUUGGCUAUGAGGUUCAGCUUUUCAUCCUCAACCACAUGUACAUGAGUAACCUUCCUAAUGGUGUUGUGAUAAACCCUUUUUAAUAUUAAGAAGGGUUAAUAAGCACACUUUUAAGCCCAGUGAUACAGUAUUGAAAUGAAUUCCAGUUAUAAAAAGACUUUUAUAAGACCAUAAACUUUAAAAGUAAUAAUGCUUCAUAGGGAUAAUAUUAAAGAGAGAUUUUUAAUAAUUGCAUGCACAUAACUAUUGUAGUUCGGCAUUUUGAUCUUUUGAAGCUGCAAGUAUAACUUUUACAUUAAACAUGGUUUAAUUUAAAAACAGUACCCAAUGAUUUAGAGAGA